AUGGGGAAGUCAAGAUUUUACCUUGGGGAUGUUGGCAAUGGAGCUGCGAUGAAACUCGUUGUCAAUAUGAUUAUGGGAAGUAUGAUGGCAUCUUUUUCUGAAGGAUUGCUUCUCAGUGAGAAAGUAGGACUGGACCCAAGUAUACUGGUCGAGGUUAUCUCGCAGGGCGCUAUUAGUGCCCCGAUGUACUCGAUGAAAGGUCCUUCAAUGGUUCAGUCUCUGUAUCCUACUGCAUUUCCUUUAAAGCAUCAGCAAAAGGUUCAAAAUCUUCCUACACGUUUCAUCUAUUGGGGGAUUCAGUACGUCUCUUGA